AUGCUAAGACUCAUCCGUGUAAUGAAGUGCCAGGAUAAUCUUGCCAUCAUAUCGAUAUAUCUUGAUACACCAUACUGCGCCCUGGGCCUAAAUACCCCACCGGCAAAUAUGCACGAAACAUCCGAGCUCCCACAAGACGACGUUCUGUCCCUCCUUGCCCCAGACAUCGAAGCCUUCUACUCGCACAUACCCUCGUUCAUUCUACACUUCUCAAACCUCCUCUCUACAGCUAUUACGGACCUCCGCACCAUUGUAUCUACAAACGCCGAACUUCAGCUCGAUGCAGCUGCCGAUAUCACCGCAGGCGCGUCGCGCAACAUCCCCGCCCCAACCCGAUCCAAACACCAUGACCGCGCACGUGCUCGAGACCGCCGUGUACGGACCUCAAUGGCACCCGUUGCCCCUCUGGCAUCGCAGCUGACGGACCGGGUUGCUACUCUCCGCCGGGUCCAACUAUCAGAGUUACCGGCAGCUCGUCGGGAAAUGGCCGCGACUGCAGCUGCAGUGUUGGCAGCCCGUGCAAUGGUUUUGGAGCGGACAGUUAUGAUUCUAGAGCGGGCAAAGCAUGGGACCUUGGCACGGGCGACGAGAGCGAAGGCAGAGCACUUGGCUACUGUUGCGCAGGGUGUGGAGGGGAAACUUGAAGUCAUGAAGCUCGAGAUCGCGGCUUCGCUUUAUACACCUGAAACCACCGCCGCACUUGCCCGCUAUCAGCAACAUCUUCACGACACAAGAGAGCGUUUAAAUGAGCGCCGGGGCCUUGCUAUCCGGGAGCUGAAGAGUUAUGGAGAUGUUGAGGAAUCGGAGACGGCAGGAUCGGAGCACAUAGACAGUACAGCUGCAGGAACGUUGGCGCAAAUCGCUCGUCGAUAUGGUAUGCUAGCACGGGAAGUCGAGACCGUGCGAAUGGAGAUUGCACGGCUAGAAAAAUAA